AUGUCUCAAAACGAUCGUGCACUCUUCCUCCGCAGCCUUCAUAAGAAAGGUGACCCCCUGGUUCUUUGCAAUGUCUAUGACGGCCGGACAGCAGACAUCGUCCUUAGCCACAAGGGAAGCCAGGGUGAACACCGAGCGAAAGCCCUGGCAACCAGCAGUUUUGCCGUGGCAGCCGUACAUGGCAAACCCGACGAAGAACUUGAGCCGGAAAUGCUCACCAUGGCGGCCAAGGAUAUCGUUGGCGUAAUUAACCGACACAUAUCCUCGAGAGACAACAAAGACCCCAUACCACUAUCAGUUGACAUGCGGGAUGGAUGGGGAGACAGACUUGAAGAAACCAUUACAUCACUCAUCGACGCUGGCGUGGUGGGAUGUAACCUUGAAGACGAAGAUAACGAAACGGGAAAGUCAAUGCCACUGUCUGAAGCCGUGGAUCGCAUCAAACGAGUUAUGGCCAAAGCAGCUGAGCUCGGGGUUCCCGAUUUUGUGAUUAAUGCACGAACAGACGUUUUGGGACACGGUGCAACUAUUGAAGAAGCCAUUGCGAGAGGAAAGGCCUUUAUGGAAGCUGGUGCAUUUUGCGUUUUUGUUUGGGGCGGUAACUAUGGGCGUGGAGUGUCCAGGGAGGAAGGAAAGAUGUGCGUUGAUGCAUUUGAUGGACUGUGGAAUGCGAGACUGAAAACUGGGCCGGGGUACCUAACAGUGAAGGAGUUGACGGAUAUGGGGGUUAGGAGAAUCAGUCUCGGGAAGGAGUUGGGCGAUAUCGCAAUGGAUGCAUAUCGUGUCGCCAUGGAGAAGGUUUUGGCAUGA